AUGCAAUUACACGGUAUUGUUAUUAGCCGCUUCCAUCAACUGCCAAGCUCGAUAGAGCUCACUCUCGGCCGACGAGCCGACCCGCAGACUCGUCCUUCCACAGACAUCACCGUCAGGCUGCACCCACUCAUGCCAGCUCCCUCGUGGACGUCGACGACCGCUGCCCGUCUGGCACGGCUGCCGACGUCGCUGCCAAGGUUGCAGCCGCCUCGGACGGCGCCCUCGCACCACGGGCCGAAGCUGUCAAGCCGACGCCGAUGGAGCUCGACCUUUUCCUCGGUCAACCCUGACGAGGUUUCACACUUCAACGCUCUCGCCGGCGAGUGGUGGGAUCCACACGGCUCCUCGCGCCUGCUUCACCUCAUGAACCCGCUGCGUCACGACUUUAUCCAAAGCUGUCUGCGGUCGGAGCCACCGCCGGCUACGCCGAGCGUCACCGCCCCCCCCUCGCUCGCCUAUCUCGACAUCGGCUGCGGUGGAGGCAUCUUCGCCGAGAGCGCCGCUCGCCUGCCGACAACCCGGAGCGUCACGGCCGUAGACCCGACGCCAUCCGUCCUCGCCGUCGCGAAAGCCCACGCCCGCAAGGACCCGUCCUUGGCCGGCAGGCUCACCUACAAGCAGACGGCCGUCGAGCACCUCGAGGUGCCGCAGCGCGACCAAGACCGCUAUGAUGUCGUCACCCUCUUCGAGGUCAUCGAACACAUCGACGAGCCCGCCGCGUUGCUCGACCGCCUGAAGCCCUUUGUCAAACCCGGCGGCUGGCUCGUCAUGAGCACCAUCGCCCGCACCUGGCUGAGCUGGUUCACGACGAACCUGGUCGCCGAGGACCUGCUGCGCAUCGUACCUCGAGGCACCCACGAUUGGAACAAGUACAUCAACGAGCACGAGCUGCGCCGCUAUUUCGCCGGCAAGGGCUGGGAGUCCCCGCGCGUCAUGGGCGUCGUCUACGUCCCCGGCCUUGGCUGGAAAGAGGUCCGAGGAAGCGAGCACGUCGGCAACUAUUUUUUCGCCGUCCGCCGAGAACAGUAG